UUGAACGUGUUGGACGUGUUGCUGUUGCGUCAUCGAUUUGGCAUCAGACACCAUAACAAAAACACGUUUACGAAAGUUACGUCGUCAUCUCGUUCUGGCCCGCGCGCGUUAGCCAAGUUGGGAACGACAAGCAAAGCAAGUUAAGAAAGGGCAGCCAAAACAAACCAAAACUAAACCACAAAAAAAGUCAUCAGGCCACCACCACCAGCAUCUCCAUCAUUAUCAGCGAAAACAUAAUGGAAAUGGCGCCCAACAAUCAUGUAAAAUUGGUGUAAAGUGCUGGGGAGAUGAUGAUGCUGCCGCAUAAAGGAAAUGGCAACUGCGCGAAAUGGCAAUAACGCAUCAAAUUUGUAUUAGAAGCUGUUACUUUGACGCCCCCUGGUAGAGUGGGCGUGGCCUUGGUAGUAACACAAAUUGGAACCGGACCAGGCACCGCCAUAUUCCUGUCUCUGGUUGCAACAUAAAAGUCAAUUAAUGUACAAUUACAACAACAUUGGCAACAGGACCUGCCCGAGAGACUGAGAACGGGGAGAGCGAAAGGAGAGAGCGGGGCAAUAACUGCAAAUUACACGCAACGAGUCCAAGUUGGAGCCGCCGGAGCCGGAAACCGAGUGGACCGAGGAGGAGGAGUCGGUGUACCAGAACCUAGAACUGGUCCCAUCAUCGCCACCACCCCCACUACCACCACGCCACCAUCACCAUCACCAUCGCCAUCAUUGCCACUGCCAUCCAUUGUCCUGCCACAACGACAGGAACGAGGACGAGGACCAGGACGAGGACGAGGAAGCAGACGAGGAGGUCGGUGGCUGCUACAAAAUGACUUUCGUUAACAAGCUGAGCAAAAGCUUCCGCUGGCUACGCUGCUCGACAUUGUGCGCAAUUUUGUUUUAUAUGUUCUUCAUUGGCCUGAUCCUGCACAGCACCAGCACCAAGUUGCAGCAGCAGCUAAAGGAGCACAGCAGCACCAGCAGCAGCAGUAGCAGCAGCAGCAGCAGUAGCAGUAGUGAGCCGCCCAGUUCGCUGUCAGAAACCAAAGUGGCAAGCAACAUGGGGCAUAAUGGCCUAAUCCAAAGCCAAAAUACACGAGAAAUGGAGCAAAGGCUGAAGUCGCCGCCUGGGGCAAACAGUUUGGAUUUCGGUCGGAAUGGACAUGACCGGCGAAAAGUGCUGGAGGGGAUCGGUGCCUCCGACAAUGCCAGCAAAUCCCCACGAAAUCCCCCACAUCCACACCAGCCCCAACCAGAAACGGUUAUUUUAGCGGCCAGCAAUGUGAAUGAGAAGCAAAUACUGGCAAAAGCUUUCAAACGAGCUGAUCGGAAUCAUGAUGGUAUUCUGUCCAUCCAAGAGCUGGGCCAGUAUAUAAAUCGCAGGAUCGUGGAGCACAUCGACGAGGCAAUCAUGAAUAAUGCCCGGGAAUUCCGGCGAGUGGAUAUUGGCCCCGCCGAUGGUCUAAUUACAUGGGACGAGUACCAUCAUUUCUUCCUGCGGGAUCACGGCAUGACGGAGGCGGACAUCGACGAGCACGACGAGAUCAAGCACACGACCCUCAACAGGCGAGCCCGGGAGGACAUGAUGCGGGACAAGGCUCGGUGGUCGGAGGCGGCAAGAACCGAUCUCUUUACUCUGACCAUUGACGAAUACUUGAGUUUCCGUCAUCCAGAGUCCAGUGUCUCCAACCUGCUGGAGCUGGUGGACGACCUGUUGCGGCAGUUCGACCAGGAUGGGGAUGAUCAGCUUACGCUGGAGGAGUUCUCGGAUUUAAAUGUGGAUGACGAUGACGAUUUGCUGCGCAAAUCCCUGAUUUCCAAGACGUUGGUGGAGAGGCGGGAGGAGUUCAAGCGGAUCAUCGACAAGAACCACGACGGCAAGGCCGAUCGAGGGGAGCUCCUGAACUACGUGAAUCCUAAGACGCCGCGCUACGCUCUCCAGGAGGCGGCCACAUUAUUCAGUCUUUGCGAUGAGAACAAGGACGAACUGCUAACUCUCAAGGAGAUGACAGACAAUGCUGAGAUCUUUCUGCAAUCCAAAAUGAUCGACACGGCCAACAGUUUCCAUACGGAAUUUUAAUUUAAAUCCCAGCACUUGCCACCUUUUUUUCUCCACCCCUUUUAAGCAUUUAUAGUGAUAUUAAUUUGUAAGUUGUUGCACCUUAUGUAUAGUUCAUUCAGUAGCCUUUUAUUAUGGUUUUUAAUAAAAAUUUUGUAACAUCUAGGCUGAGAUGUAAGUCGUGAGAACAGAAAAUCAUUCCCAGUGUGAUUUUUCAAUAAUUAACUCUUAAGAAUGCAAAGCAAACAAAAAAUUUGACACAAAUACUCCGAAUAAAUAUACGUAAUUUUAUGGAACUCGAAA